GCAAUGGGGAUGAAUGAAUGAAUGAAUGUUUAGCGUCAAAUAUCCUGUUGCUCUGUUUGUCACCCACAAAUGGGAACUGCGCUUCUCUCAGUUCCUGCCCCAUUCUUCCACUCCUCAUCAUAUACUGCCACCCCCACAACCUCCCAUCGUUCCGGAUCCGCCACUUCACUCCGAUUUUCAUCAUCUAGGUCCAUUACCUUCCUCUCUUCCUCCUCCUCUUCUUCUUCAGCUUCCGUUGUUGAUGAAGAAACAAAUUCUUCUCCCCCAGAUCAACUCUCUCUUCAGUCUCAAUCUGACCCAGAUGAUUCUUCCUUCAGAUAUUAUAAUGAUGGUGCCAAUGGUAUGGCUUAGAACAAGCUUGUUUUGUGUUUUGUUUCUUAUACAUAGAGGGUGUAAGGCCUGUGGAAGGGAAGAAAUUGAGAGGGGAUGCAAUGGUGAGGGAAGGAUACAAGGUGGCAUUGCAACAGUCCCUGGUUUUGGUUGGUGGCCUAUAAAGGCAUACAGGCCUUGUCCUGGGUUUCUAGCAUCUGGUGGCAGAUACAAGCGGCGCGGACAAAGCAUGGACGAGGUUACAUCUGGAGGAGGAAGGACGGAAGCCUCUGCCAGUGCUGGCAAGAAGGACUCGUCGAGCAAGAAGAAGUCAGCUAAGGGCUAACUCAUACUGGGAGGAAAUGAAGGAUGGAUGUCAGAAUUGUUUAUAUGGAAAUACCAAAGUUGAAGGGGGUGACUUUUGAAGAACAUGUCAAAAUUUUCUCAUAGGGAAUUUGAUUGAAAUUUGGUUAGAUUCUCAUUUCUUUACGGAUUCUGUAAUGAUACCAACAAGCUUGUAUUAGAAGACUAUAUUUAAAGGCAAAAAUUUCAAGUUCAAUGCUUGGUUUGAGGCUUAUAAAGAUUCAUUCUUGUAGAACAUUGUUUCAUUUCCAGUUACAAAUGAGAUGCCAUGUUUGUUCUUU